CUCUGCUGGAGGAAAAUAAUCAACAACACAGUGGUGUGAUGAAGCAGAGUUACUCUUACCACCUCGACGUUGAUUAUUUUCCAGUAACAGCACGUCCUGAAGUGACAGGAGGGUGGCUUGCUGCAGGCUGGUGGCGAUGCCUUAAUCAGGAUGAUAUCGCAGAGGGAAAGAGGCGAACUGGCUCGAUUUUACACCGUUACAGACCCGAAAAAGCACAAAAAGGGAUACACGGUGUAUAAAGUCACAGCCAGGAUCAUCUCCAGGAAGAAUCCCGAAGACGUACAGGAGAUCACAGUGUGGAAGCGCUACAGCGAUUUUAAGAAGCUGCAUAAAGAUCUGUGGCAGAUCCACAAAAACCUCUACAGACAGUCGGAGCUCUUCCCUCCGUUUGCCAAGUCUAAAGUCUUCGGCAGGUUUGAUGAGUCUGUGAUCGAGGAGAGGAGGCAGUGUUCAGAGGACCUGCUACAGUUCAGUGCUAAUAUUCCAGCUCUUUACGCUAGCCAGUACAUACAGGACUUCUUUAAGGACGGAGAGGUGCAGGACGGUUCGGAGCUCAUCGGGCCAGCAGAACCUUUUUCUGACUUCUUAGCUGACAGCCAAUCAGACAGCAGCUCUGAAGUUCAUAAGAGCGGUGGUGGUGUGGAUGAUUCGACCCUAACCAGUCUGUCAGAGUAUGGAGGUCCAUCCAGUGACAGUGAUCUGAUUUCUCUCCUGGUGGAUGGAGACUCCCUGCCCGAUUUGGACGAUGGAAUGGGCUCGGGCUGCAGUUCCCCAAACCAGCGGGCAGGAGGCAGUGGACGUUCCGUGUCCCCAAGCCGGACGGAGGUAGACCCGAGGCGGGCCAUCAGGGCGGCGCUUUUCUCCUCCAGCAACCAGAAGAAAGAUUACCUGGAGAAAGCCAGUGAGCAGAUCAGCCUUGCUGUGCAGAAAGAGGUGGAGCAGGACUACGCCUCCGCCUUCUUCUACUACCGCAGCGGAGUGGAUUUACUACUGCAAGGAGUCCAAGGUGAAGUGAGUCCGCGCAAGAGAGAAGCCGUGAAAAAGAAGACAGCCGAGUAUCUGAUGCGUGCCGAGCUCAUCGCUAACACAUACCUGAAAGACAGCAUGGGCCAGAACUCCACUCAGAACCGGACGCUGGCUGCUCAGUGCUGUAAGGGGUCAUGGGGUCAGCAGAGUCAGGCUGAUGAAUUGCACAACUACAGAGUGCUGGGGGUCAUCGACAAGGUGCUGCUGGUGAUGGAUAAGAGGACGCAGGAGAUGUUCGUCCUCAAGGGAUUGCGGAAGAGCAGCGAGUGUGGACAUGUGAAGAAGACCGUCAUCCCCCGCACGGUACCCAACAUGGUACGUCUCAGGAAGUUCAUCAUCUCCGAGGACUCCAUUUUCCUGUUGCUGCAGUAUGCCGAGGGAGGUAAAUUAUGGUCCCACAUCACCAAGUACCUGCAUGAAGGUAGUCAAGAAGACAGCUUUGACAUCCCCUUCAUCCAGAAGUCCCACACGACGACAGUUCACUGCACCGAUGCCCUGAUCAGCUCGGAGAGCAGCGGCUCACGGCCCAGCGUGGAGCUCCAGGAAGACCAGGAGGAAGACGAGCUCCGGCCAAUUCUGACAGUCCAGAGCGAAAGCGGCUCACAAGCCCCACUGUCUGGCACUUCAGAAGAAGAAGAGUGCACCAGCAGCUACCUGACACUGUGCCAUGAGUACGAGCAAGAUAAAGUGGAGCCUGAGGCUCUGGGAGAGGAAGAGGAAGAUGCAAAAGAGGCCGAGGAAGAUUCUGGCGAUCUCGGAGGCGAAGGUUCUGGUGCAGAGGCAUUACCGAGGUCGUAUCGAGGCUCGGUAAUAAGCAGCGAUAGUUUGUGUUCUCCGGUUGGUGGGCAUGAGCUGUGCUUCUUCACCGAGGAAGACGAGGAGCUUGUUGACCCGCCCACUCUCGAUUCUCUGGACCAACUGAAACGUUCACCCAUGGAGUUUUUUCGGAUUGACAGCAAGGACAGCGGUGACAUCUCCCGGACGCUGUUCUCCACCUCAGAUCUGGGCUCGGAGGUAACAGAGGUCACUGAGGAUCCUCUGGAGAUCGGUGAGGUGGUAGAGGUUAAAGGUCACCUGUCCGAUCUGUGGCGGUUCGAUAGCGAUCAGGGUUCUAAUGAAUCCGUGCCUGUGAUUUCUUUCAAAGAGGCCAUGGCGGAGGACGCAAACACAUCCUGUAUUGAUGAGGGACAACCUCCGGACCUUUUAGUCAACCUUCCUGGGGUCACAGGGGUCGCAGGCGAUGAUCUGGAGGAGGAGCUUGCAGCAGCGGGUGUGGCUUUUGCUGUAGAAGCCAAGCCUUCACCUCAAUUUGGCAAACCAGAUGUACUCCAGCUGGGAGAGGAAGCAGGCCUGGAACUAUCCGUUGAAGGACAUGCUCCUGAUAUCUCUGUUUUACGUAGCCAGUCUAACCCGGAUGCGUCUGAACAGAAAGGCCACGCCUCUUUCAUAAACAGCAACACAGAAUCUCAGACACUUUCCCUUCCCUUUGAUUCUCUCAUUCUCAGGACUGAAACUGACCCCACCCAACCACCACCCUCUGCAGGGCCAGAGGUCACGGAGAAGAGGGAGGGCAGGAGUGUGUCCGAGAUAUUCCGAGAGCUGGAUGAGUUGGCCGAAGUGGCGCUGCACACACACCUGCCCGAGGCGCUGGUGAGGAGCUGGGCGGUGGACAUGUUGCUCGCUCUUGACGCGCUGCAUCAAGAGGGAAUCAUCUGCCGAGACCUUAACCCCAACAACAUACUGCUGGAUUACAGAGGUCAUGUAGAGUUGACUUACUUCUGUAGCUGGACUGAAGUGGAGGAAUCCUGCGAUCCUAUUGCUGUCACCAAGAUGUACUGUGCACCAGAAGUGGGCGGGAUAUCAGAGGAGACGGCAGCGUGUGAUUGGUGGAGUUUGGGAGCGCUUCUCUUUGAGCUUCUGACUGGAAAGUCUCUUCAGCAGUGCCACCCCGCUGGUAUCAGCAGACACACGUCACUGAACAUUCCAGACUUCGUGUCAGAGGAGGCCAGGUCUCUGCUGGAACAGUUGCUGCAGUAUAACCCGGUAGAGCGACUAGGCGCGGGCGUAGGAGGAGUGGAGGAUAUCAAAUCACAUCCCUUCUUUGCUCAUGUGAACUGGCCUAACUGAACAGGUCAGAGGUGAAAGGUCAGCUGUAUGACUAACUGAACUGAGAGCUGAGUUGCUGCAAAACACUCCCUCUCUGUGUGUGUGUGUGUGUGUGUGUGUGUGUGUGUGUUAGCAUGAGAGGAAGGAGCUGAAUCUGAUCAUCUCAAUCUUCUCACUGUACUGAAGACUCCUUUCACACUCUGUCGUUAUUUAACACACCAAUAUCCAGGAUAAACAAAACAACUUUCCCAUCAUGCACUACGGGUCCCUGCGCCACUCACGUCUGUUACACAUUUUACUACAGCGUUCUCGUGCCAUCUUCAUUACCUGUUACAUUGUAGUGGUGCAGCACCAUGAUAAAAUUUCAAAUGGUUGUGAAAUUAAAGGAGAAGUUUGAUGAAAUUGAAAAUGAAGGCUUGUUUGGUGUUGGCAGUUUCGCACUGGAGCUCUGAGGCUAAUGUUGCUAACAACAAAUGGAAACUUAUAGCUACCGGUUUAGCAUUGGGCAAACUGCUUCAAUCAUCACCUGAAAAGUAGGAGUACAUUAAAAAUUGAUAAAAAAAUGCUGGAAUAUGUGCAUAUUUACAAAAUAAGUGCUUUGUUUUUAAACUCUAGGCCACACCCCCUACAUGACUCCCCUCUUCAGCGUCAUUUUGUUCGAUAUUUUGUUCGAAAAAUAUUUCAUUAAAGAACAUAUGCAUUAUCUAUACGCAUUAUAUAACCGCUUGAACUUCUGACAACUGAAGUAACUUUAGCCGUCAUCAUUUUAGUUUGUUCUUUCUAGCUAGUUCGGAAGCUAGCGAGUUAGCAAGCUAGCAUGUUAGGUUGCGACACAGCAAGUCAUUAUGUCAGAGGAAGUAGGAGUGUGUAAACAAACAAGAGAAUUGUAGAUGAGUAGGAUUCUAUAAAUUAAAAAUCUCUUUGUGGUGCAAGUGGCCAUUUUAAAACGUAAAAGCGUUAAGUAAGGAAUAAAGCACGACAGGAUGAAGUGUUGUAUAUGAGGAAUAAAAGUGUUGUAUGUCAUAGCACUGACUAAACAACACGUGACUAGCUAUAGGCUUCCCUUACGUGCUAGCUACAUUAGCCGCAUAGCUUUAGUACGAAACUAAAGAAGCAAACUUGAGUGGAAAUUGGAAAUUUUCUGAUGUAAAAAAUGAAAGUUUUACUAAAAUAGGAUCUUUAGUCGAAGUAGGAAGUAAUGUACAUUUGUUGUUGUCCUGCUCAGAGACAUUUGUUUCAUCUCACAGGUUCAUUAUGUGUGUGUUGGAGAAUAAAACCACUUAAAAAAAAAAAAAAAAAAAAAAGGCCUGAAGUCGGAGAUCAAAAACCCCCUCUCUUUUUUUACCCCCUAUUUAUUUUCACACUUGCUCCAGGAACUUGUGCAAUAUUACAUUAAAUAUCACUUCAUUAGAUCAUAGCCGAUUUUAGUUAAUAUUUUUAUUAUUAAUAUUAUUAUUAUUGAAUGUGCAUAUUUAUUUUGCACUUGAACUGGGUCAAAUUGUGAACAAGUCCUAAUUUCGGUGUAAUUAUGUGAACUAGAUGAUGAAUAUUGAAGACCAGUUAACAUGCUCACAUGACCCUUAUUAGCUUCCAAUUUGCACUUGUAGUAGAAAAGAGGGAUCAAAGGGUCCAAAAUUUGAAUAAAAUCCUUCAAAAAGUCUAAGCAUUCGGUUCCAAAGAUCAUCGAACCCCAAAAAAAAAAAAACCACACACCCCAUUGAAAUAUGAGAC